AUGCCUUCCGCAACGACCGCUAGCACCAACGGUGCCAAUGGCGCCUCUGCCAGCCCUGCUCCCGGCAACCUCUCUGCGAACGACAACAUCCGCCGCUUCACUGCUCCCAGCAGGCCGUUGAGCCCUCUCCCCGCCCAUGCUCUCUUCAACGAGAAGACACGAUGCUUCGUCUACGGUCUGCAGCCCCGUGCUGUCCAGGGCAUGCUCGACUUCGACUUCAUCUGCAAGCGCUCCACCCCCUCGGUCGCUGGCAUCAUUUACACCUUUGGUGGUCAGUUCGUCAGCAAGAUGUACUGGGGCACUAGCGAGACCCUCCUGCCCGUCUACCAGGAGGUUCCCAAGGCUAUCGCCAAGCACCCCGAUGUUGACGUCGUUGUCAACUUUGCCUCCUCCCGCAGUGUCUACAGCUCCACCAUGGAGUUGAUGGAGUACCCUCAGAUCAAGACCAUUGCUAUCAUUGCUGAGGGUGUUCCCGAGCGCCGCGCUCGCGAGAUUGCCUACGUUGCCAAGAAGAAGGGCAUCACCAUCAUUGGCCCUGCCACCGUUGGUGGUAUUAAGCCCGGCUGCUUCAAGAUCGGUAACACUGGUGGUAUGAUGGACAACAUUGUUGCUUCCAAGCUCUACCGCAAGGGCUCUGUCGGCUAUGUCUCCAAGUCCGGUGGCAUGUCCAACGAGCUCAACAACAUCAUCUCCCAGACCACGGAUGGUGUCUACGAGGGUGUUGCCAUUGGUGGUGACCGUUACCCCGGAACCACCUUCAUCGAUCAUCUUCUGCGCUACCAGGCCGACCCUGACUGCAAGAUUCUCGUCUUGCUUGGUGAAGUCGGUGGUGUUGAGGAAUACAAGGUCAUUGACGCUGUCAAGCAGGGCAUCAUUACCAAGCCCAUCGUUGCUUGGGCCAUUGGAACUUGCGCCAGCAUGUUCAAGACUGAGGUUCAGUUCGGUCACGCUGGUGCCUUCGCCAACUCUCAGCUCGAGACUGCGGCCACCAAGAACAAGAGCAUGCGUGAGGCUGGUUUCUAUGUUCCCGACACUUUCGAGGACAUGCCUGCUCUCCUCAAGCAGGUCUAUGACAAGCUUGUAGCUGAUGGCACUAUUGUCCCCGCCCCCGAGCCCGUUGUCCCCAAGAUCCCCAUCGACUACUCGUGGGCUCAGGAGCUUGGCCUUAUUCGUAAGCCUGCUGCCUUCAUUUCUACCAUUUCCGACGACCGUGGUCAGGAGCUCCUCUACGCUGGCAUGCCCAUCUCGGACGUUUUCAAGGAGGAGAUUGGUAUCGGCGGUGUCAUGUCCCUUCUCUGGUUCCGCCGCCGCCUCCCCGAUUAUGCCGCCAAGUUCCUUGAGAUGGUUCUCAUGCUUACUGCCGAUCACGGUCCUGCCGUGUCUGGCGCCAUGAACACCAUUAUCACCACUCGUGCCGGCAAGGAUCUCAUCAGCUCCUUGGUCGCUGGUCUCUUGACCAUUGGCUCUCGUUUCGGUGGUGCCCUUGAUGGUGCUGCUGAGGAGUUCACCAAGGCUUUCGACAAGGGCCUGAGCCCCCGUGAGUUUGUCGACACCAUGCGCAAGCAGAACAAGCUUAUCCCAGGUAUCGGUCACCGUGUCAAGUCUCGCAACAACCCCGAUCUUCGUGUCGAGCUUGUCAAGGAAUACGUCAAGGCCAAGUUCCCCUCUACCAAGCUUCUGGACUACGCCCUCGCCGUCGAGAGUGUCACUACCUCCAAGAAGGACAACCUUAUUCUCAACGUCGACGGCUGCAUUGCUGUCUGCUUCGUUGAUCUCCUAAGGAACUGCGGUGCUUUCAGCACGGAGGAGGCUGAGGACUACCUCUCCAUGGGCGUUCUCAACGGUCUGUUCGUGCUUGGUCGUUCCAUUGGUCUCAUUGCCCAUUACCUCGACCAGAAGAGACUCCGCACUGGUCUUUACCGUCAUCCUUGGGAUGAUAUCACUUACCUCCUCCCCAGCCUCCAGCAGCCCGGCCCUCCGGGUACUGAGGGUCGUGUUGAGGUCCAAAUUUAA